GGGAGGGCGAGAUUCGAUGAUUUGCUGGCGGUUGAGGUGAUUUGUGGGGAUGGGGGCAAGGCCAGGCUGUUGUUGCAUACGUUUGGGAGAAGCAGGCGCAACCCAAGGGUGUGGGCAGCAUCAAAGGUGGAGUUUUGGGCUUCGAAUGGUGACAUGGCGCGGCGCUGGGCGCGGAGGGCCAGCCAUUGGAUUGAUGCCAAGGUGGAGCGGCCCAGGAGGCUGUGGGUGUUUGUGAACCCGCACGGUGGGAAGGGAAGGGCCAGGGACAUAUGGGCGGACAAGGUGGCGCCCAUCUUCAAGGUGGCGGGCAUCAGCUGCUCCGUGGUGCACACCCACAGGGCGAACCACGCGCACGACCUGGUGAGCCGGGCCAGCCCAGAGGACUUGGCCAAGCACGACGGCAUCGUGGUGGUUGGUGGCGACGGCCUCUUCCAAGAGGUGAUGAACGCCAUCUUGACCAGGGACAGCAGCCAAGGUCCCCAGUCAGAUGGCUGCACAGUCCGUUCCCCGAGGAUCCGCCUGGGGCACAUCCCUGCAGGGUCCACAGAUGCUGUUGCUUGGAGCCUGAACGGUUCCAGGUCGCCUGUCUCUGCGGCGCUCCGUGUGGCCCUUGGCGACCGAAUGGCGAUGGACGUGAUGUGCAUCAAGCCAGAGAAGGGAGUGCCAAGAUUCUCUGCCUGCCUGGCGGGGUACGGAUUCAUGGGCGACGUCAUGAGCACCAGCGAGCAGAUGAGAUUCCUGGGCCCGAUGCGAUACGACCUGGCUGGGGUACUGGUCUUUUUGAAGGGCUGCCGAUACGCCGUCAAGGUGCGUUACUUGCCGGCCACCGCCCGGCCUCCAGACUCCCAGUAUGUGUGCUGGGAAUCUUGCAACUGGUGCACAGACAGUGGGAGAAGGAUGAAAGGAUUAAAAGCACCUCCCUUGACCUUCGCCACACCAACAGAUGACCCGCCUGAUUCUGCAAAACGCCCCUUGGCUGAUGCCAGUGACGCUGGCGCUGGUCGCGAAACCUUUCCUGCUGAUGUUGACAUGGAGGCUGCCACGGACGGUGACAAGAUCAAGACCAUCGAAGGGCAGUUUGUGUCCGUCAUGGCCACCGUGACGUCGUGCCGCAAUGACAAGGCGCCCAGGGGUGUGACGCCCUACGCCCACUUGGGAGACGGCCGGAUGCACCUGGUCGUGGUGCGGCGGUGCUCCCGGCUUCAGUACCUCAAAUUUCUGCUGUCUAUGGCCAAGCGCGGCGUUGUGCAGGGCAAGUUUCCGUUCGUGGAGACUGUGGACGCCCAGGGGGCAUGCUUCGAGCCCCAGGGUGGCUGCAGCAGCUGGAAUAUUGACGGGGAAGUGGUGCCGAGCCAGCGCCUGACAAUGGAAGUCCGCCAGCGUGCCUUGGAUGUCUUUGCCAGGGGGUGUGCGAUGUCGCCCAGGGCGCACUGA